UUCUUUUUAGGUAGUUUUUCCUGAUAAGCUUCUAACUUUAUUCCAGGUUGCAUGUAACUUUCAAUAAUGCUUACUGCUCCUUUUAGUUAAGAUACAGAUUUUGAACAUGUAUUGAGGCAUAACACAUUGUCAUUCUGCUUGCCAGAGGACAAAAUAGCUGGUGUUAUGCCACUAGCAUGACAGAGAAAACAUAAUUUUGUAUUGCUUUAAUCGGAGUUCCUUAUAUCUCGGGAAUUGCCUCCCCUGGAAAGUUAGCCUGACUAGCUUCUUCUGACCUAAUGCCAGAUUAGGUGAUCACUCUCACACAGAGACUGAAGUGAUCACACUGAAAGCCAUAUGCAGUCCAUCUGCCUCUGAACAGAGUGUUCUGAGAGUCAACAUAUUGUGAAGGCAGAACCUUUAGAGCAGAAAGUACAGUUCUGUUGACACUGAAGACGCCUCAGGGGGGUUGCGUCCCGGAAAUUGCUGACAGCUCAAAUGGAUCGCAUGGAACUGAAAAAAGUCAACAUAGAACUUGAUGAGGAGAGCAACAGUGGUGACAGCACUGAAGACACCUACACCGAUAUGGGAGAUCCAGAAAAGGCUACUAUUAGCAGUCACUUUGUUGGUGAUGAUGCAGAAAGUCAGAAGUUCCUUACCAAUGGCUUUCUGGGCAAAAAGAAAAUGGAAAAUUACACGGAAGAAUAUAAUCCAGGAAAUAUUUCGUUUGGAAUGUCAGCAUUUAAUCUGAGCAAUGCCAUCAUGGGCAGUGGAAUCUUAGGGUUGUCCUAUGCCAUGGCCAACACUGGAAUCAUACUUUUUAUAAUCUUACUGUUCAGCAUAGCCAUAAUGUCUCUCUAUUCGGUUCACCUGUUACUGAAGACGUCCAAAGAAGGAGGCUCACUAAUAUAUGAAAAAUUAGGUGAAAAGGCAUUUGGAUGGCCUGGGAAAAUGGGUGCUUUUGUUUCUCUUACAAUGCAGAACAUUGGAGCAAUGUCAAGCUACCUCUUUAUUAUUAAGUAUGAACUUCCAGAAGUAAUCAGAGCAUUUCUAGGGCUUGAAGAGAAUUCUGGGGAAUGGUAUCUCAACGGUAACUACCUCGUGAUAUUUGUCAGCAUUGGAGUGAUUCUUCCACUUUCACUUCUAAAGAAUUUAGGGUAUCUUGGUUAUACAAGUGGAUUUUCACUUACCUGCAUGGUAUUCUUUCUAAGCGUGGUGAUCUACAAGAAAUCCCAAAUACCAUGCCCUCUCCUGGUUUUGGGCAAUGAUGCUGGCAACUUGUCCUCCAACAGCACCACAUCUCCAUUGCAUGUAGUGAUGCUACCAAAUGAUUCUGCCAAUGUAGGAGUCAACUUCAUGUUGGACAGCACCUACAAGCAGUAUUCCGGUUUUGAAGAAACCCGAGACAAGCUGCAUCAAAGUGGAGUAGAAUAUGAAGCUCAUGGAGAGAAAGAUGACAAGUGCUCCCCGAAGUAUUUUGUGUUUAACUCUCGAACUGCCUAUACAAUACCCAUCCUGGCCUUUGCAUUCGUGUGCCACCCUGAAGUGCUACCCAUAUACAGUGAACUUAAAAAUCGGUCACGAAAACGGAUGCAAAGCGUUUCCAAUGUCUCCAUCACUGGGAUGCUUGUCAUGUACCUCCUGGCUGCUUUGUUUGGCUACCUUACCUUCUAUGACGAAGUUGAAGAUGAGCUGCUUCAUACCUACACCAAAGUGUACACUUUUGAUGCCUUGCUUCUGAUGGUUCGCUUUGCAGUGCUUGUGGCUGUGACCCUAACUGUGCCAAUAGUCUUGUUCCCUAUUCGUACCUCUGUUACUACACUUUUGUUCCCCAGAAGGCCUUUCAGCUGGAUAAGACAUGUCCUGAUUGCUGCAGUAAUCCUUGCCUUUAAUAACAUCUUAGUCAUUUUUGUCCCUACCAUUAGAGACAUCUUUGGAUUCAUAGGUGCUUCUGCCGCAACGAUGCUCAUCUUUAUUCUUCCCGCUGCCUUUUAUCUCCGGAUUGUCAAGAAAGAGCCUUUCAGGUCACCUCAGAAGAUUGGGGCCCUGAUUUUCCUCAUUAUUGGCAUCAUCUUUAUGAUUGGGAGCAUGACGCUUAUUCUCCUGGACUGGAUUUACAACUCUUCAGGUUCCAAAAAGCAUUAAUCUGGAAGAAAACAGAAAAUGUGUGUUUUUCUUUUGUAUUGGAAAUGGUGGAAUGCUAUCAUCAUCAUAAAAAAAAAAAAGACUUUUGCCACAUAGAAGGGGACAUUACUUCUAGUCAAUAACUGCAAGAUUCCAAAGACUUUUUACUAGUAUUGCCGCUAGGAGAAACCGAUGGAAUAUUAAAACACCCUUUAAUAAGGGAUAGUUAUUUAUGCAUCAAAGCCUGUGCCAAACUUUUCGGGACCAGGUUAGGAAAAUAAUGUGUAUAUAGUCCUCAAAACAGACUGUUACUGUUAUUGUUGUUCUGAUAACUACAGUUUCUGGAAUAUGGAGACCAUGUAGUAGUUUAUGGUUACCUUGUGCCUUUUAAAAUUGUCUGUGGGUAUAGUUUAUUAUAUAAUAUAUUGUACCCUAUUUCAAGAGAGAGGUUGGAAUAUUUAUAAGUUGUUCAAAAGCUAAGAUCAUCAACAUCUAGUACAGCUGCCAAAACUUUGUGUGUGUGUGUAUAUAUAUAUGUAUGUAUGUAUAGUGUACGUACAUAGAUACAGAAGAGAAAAUAAAGGAAACAAUUGUUUUAAACGGUUGUCCAUAAAAUUUACAAGUCCAGUUGUAAACACCAACUCUUUGUAAGUAUUUUUCUUACUAAGCAAUAAAUUAUAUUAAAGGAUGACCACAGAAGUGCUCCCCAUUAAAGGUGCACAGGCAUGAUAAAUUCUUGGUCAUAACUUUUAACAAUCUUUGCCUGUUACAAAAAUUGGCUGCCACUGGUUUCUGGGCAAUUUAACUGUCCCAUCUCUCUUGCAGUUACUGUCUGUCUAGAAAAAACCUCUAGCCAUGCCAAUAAAAUUGUUUCUUGCCUUAGGUAGCCUUCAAAAAUUUUCCAGUUGGCAGUGAUGCUAUGGUUAUAAUCAUUAUGCUGAGAGUCUCUAUGCUCCUGUCAGAUGUGCCUGAUGACCACUGUGUGAAGAGUGGAAUCCUUAACAUGAUUAUGACAAUCCCAUAACAAGCACAUCAGUGUAACCAGAAUGCAUUUACUAGGAAGGCUGGUUUUGGUGGGAUCCGCAUGGUGAACAAAACGUUAUAUAUACACCAGCCUGAAGCCUGAUCCUGCACAAAUAACUGUGUUUUGAUCUAAGACAUUGAACAAGCUGGAUCUCUGUUAGUACUUUGUCUGGGAAACACAAGCAGGAGAGGGCUGUUGCACUCAUGUUCUGCUUUUGGCUUCCCGUUGGCAUCUGGUUGGCCACUGUGUUACCAGAAUACUGUUUGGGGCCUUUAGUCUGAUCUAGUAGGACUCCUCUUAAGUUCUUAUGUCUUCCACUAUAACUCAGAUGGAUGUAAGGAGAUCACAAGGAAUGUGAAAGCACACUUACCAGUAUUGUUAAAUGCAUUUUUAUGUGAUAAAUGGUCAGUGCAGGAAACUGUGAUCAUUGUAUGUACUAUAUAAAUAUUUAUGUAUAUAACCUUAUUUGUCAUCAAAUGUUGCUGUAUGAUACGAUGUUUUGAUUUUUAUAUAUCUAUUUGUGUAGUUGUUUUCAUAGUCACGAACUUUAUACCAUUUUGAAAAAGGGAAAGGUUCUUCUGGUGGACUGUAAGAUUUUCACUUUGUCUUUGAAAGCCCAAGGAGAAUAAGACAGUCAAAUGUUACUAAAUGGAUUACAAUAAACUUCAAGAAUUCAGGAUUACUACCUGCUUUUGUCAA